AUGGCGGCUGCAAGCCUUGUCGGUCUUACCUUCAGAGGAUUUCUCGGCGAGGUAGCGUCCCACGGUGCACUCGCCAUUGCUACAGGACCAGCAUAUGUCGACCCAGAAACCUACGUAGAACCUCCGAGUGACCCUUCAGUCAACGCAUCCGGCCAGGAUCCAGCUGCUCUUACUGCCGCUAUUGACUGGGUUCACGCCAACGCUGGCAAAGGCGAUUGGAAGCACAUCGACGCCUCUCGCAUUGGUGUGUGGGGACAGAGCUGUGGAGGUCUCGAAUCCUACGGCGCCGGCCUGAAUGAUUCUCGCGUCAGCCAUAUCGGCAUCUUCAACAGCGGUCUUCUCAACGAGACCUCAAGCAAGGAAAUUGCCGGCAGCCUCAAGAAGCCUGUAUUCUACACGCUUGGUGGACCGACUGAUAUUGCCUACACAAAUGGUGAGCGAGACUACGCAGAUGUUCCUGCGGGAACCCCCGCUUGGAAAGGAAACCACGAUCUCGGCCACAGUGCUGCCUUUGAUGCUCCCAAUGGCGGAAUCCCAGCCAUGGUUGGUACCCAAAUCUUGCAGUGGAUGCUGCGUGGGAACGAGUCGGCGAAGGCAUGGUUCACCGGCGAGGGUCCUAAGACUAUUGGUAUCAACGAUGUCGUCUUCAAAGACUUGGACAACAUCAAGGUCACUCCUAUUCAGUAA